AUGCUCAAAAAGGACAAGAUUACAUAUACUUUGGCACUCACAUCUCCCACAUUAACUUCGAUACGCACUCACCUUUUAGAAGCAAUAAAUAAUUCAGGCGGACUACCAACUCAAACGGAGGAGGAAGAGUUCCACGAUGAUGAGAUAAUUGAAGAUGAGAACGACAUACCAGUGCCGAAAUCAGAAUUUGCCGAUGGCGAGGAGACAGACGCGUUGAAUGAUGAUGAUGAUGAUCGCAAAGAUGUAGAAGAAGGAGAUUUGAAGAUGGAAAUGAAACAGGACAAGGUCACUGGAAAGAUUAUUGGUGAAAUCGAACAAUUGAGGAUUGCAGUGCCGAAAAACCAUCAGGCACCAUAUGAUAACGAAUGGAUCGAAUUAACGGAAGAAAAUUUUGAUGAUGUUGAAUUUAAAGAUUUUACCAUAUUGGCAUUUGUAGUGAGGAGUAGAGAGAGAAGUGGAGAAACAGAAGAUGACGAUGAAGAAGAAGACCUAUUCUAUAUUGUAGAGGCCGCUUACGAAGAACUGUAA